AUGGGUAAGAAACAGAAGCAGCAGAAGAUCGUUCUCCCGCCGGACCUCCCACCGGAGAUCCCAGACGAUGAAGUUGAGUAUUCCGACGACGACAUCAAAUUCGUUAAGGAAAAUCGCGCUUUCGCUUCUUUGCUUUCCACUUUGGACACUCAAUCAAUCACCAAGCAUGUUACACGGGUUGCUGAUGCGAAAGAAGAGGCUUUGGAGAAACUGUAUGAGCAACGUAUGCAAAGGAAUGCUCUCAAGAAAGAAAAAGAAGAAACAGGUCUGCAGGUUGAUCGAGUAGAUGCUCUUCCAGUCAAGACUUUGGAUGGAAAAAUCUAUUUUCGGACAGCUACAAAGACAGCAGCAGUAAAUGGUCCAAGUGAAGAGGAAGCUGGAGAGGACGGCAAUGCAGACAAAGGUUUUUUUAAGCUAACUAAGGCUGAAAAGAGAGCCAAGCUUAAGAAAAUUAGGAAAGAGGGGAAAAAACAAGACAAAGAGGUGGCGAAAGAAGAAGUGGAAGAAGCACCACAAGCAGCAGCUUUGGCUGAGGUUGAAGAAGAUCUUAAAGUUGAAGAGGCAUUUGAAAGUAAAAAGUUUAAGCUUGCAGAGUUGGGAAAUGCCUUGUUAACAGACCCAGAGUCCAAUAUUAAAGAUCUGAAGGAGAUGGUGCAGCUAUCUAAAGAUAAUGAUCGCACCAUUGUUAAACUUGGACUUCUAUCCCUCUUGGCUGUUUUCAGAGAUAUUAUUCCUGGCUAUCGAAUUAGGCUUCCUACUGAAAAGGAACAAGAAAUGAAGGUUUCAAAGACUAUUAAAAAGAUGCGUUUUUAUGAAUCAACUCUCCUCUCUGCAUACAAGGCUUACUUGCAAAGGUUGAUAGCCUUAGAAAAGCAGCCUUUAUUUCAGCUUGUCGCAGUUCGCUGUAUUUGUUCUUUGCUUGAAUCAAAUCCUCAUUUCAACUUUCGUGAAACCUUGUUGAAUGCGACUAUCAGAAACAUAAGCUCCAGUAAUGAUGCCAUAAGACAACUUUGCUGUUCCACAAUUAAGUCACUUUUUACAAAUGAGGGUAAACAUGGUGGUGAAGCUACUGUGGAGGCUGUGCGGUUGAUUUCGUAUCAGGUUAAAGAUCAUAAUUGCCAGCUGCACCCUGAUUCCCUUGAGGUUUUCUUGUCUCUAUCAUUUGAUGAGGAUCUUGGGAAGUCAGAAAAGACAGAUAGGGAUCAGAAAUAUAAAAACAAGAAAGAUAAGAAAAGAAAACACAUGGAGGGAUCAAAUCAGUUGCCGGAAAAUGACAGAAAGAAAAGUAGGAAAGAGUCGAUUUCUAAGACAAGAGAGGAGGUUGAAGCUGAUUACAAGGCUGCUUCCUUUACCUUGGAUGCUACAGAGAAGAGACAGAUGCAAACACAAACACUCUCUGCUGUAUUUGAGACGUACUUUCGCAUUUUGAAGAAUACAAUGCAGUCCAUAGUUGCCAGGCCUGAAGGAAACCCUGGGGUACUUUCGGCUGCAGUGGGGGGGGAACCCCACCCAUUGCUUGAUCCUUGUCUGAAGGGACUGGCGAAAUUCGCACACUUGAUUGACCUUGAUUUCCUGGGUGACCUAAUGAACCAUUUGAAAAUUCUUGCUUCUGGAGGUAGAAACUCAGGCAACACAUCUGAGAAGUUUACUAAAUGUCUGACCGUAUCUGAACGCCUCCAAUGUUGCAUCGUUGCUUUUAAAGUGAUGAGAACCAAUCUUGAUGCCUUGAAUGUUGAUUUACAGGACUUCACUGUCCAUCUUUACAAUCUCUUACUUGAAUACAGGCCUGGAAGAGAUCAAGGAGAGGUGUUAGCAGAGGCUUUGAAGAUAAUGCUGUGUGACGAUAGGCAGCAUGACAUGCAAAAAGCUGCUGCAUUUAUAAAACGUCUGGCUACAUUGUCAUUGAGUGUUGGAUCUGCAGAUUCUAUGGCAGCCUUGGUCACAGUAAAGCACCUCCUUCUGAAAAAUAUCAAGUGCAGAAAUUUGUUGGAAAAUGACACUGGAGGGGGCUCUGUUUCUGGCACAAUUCCGAAAUAUCUACCAUAUUCAACAGAUCCUAUUUUAAGCGGUGCCCUUGCUUCUGUACUUUGGGAACUGAGUCUUUUGUCCAAACACUAUCAUCCGGCCAUAUCGACGAUGGCAACAGGCCUUUCAAGCAUGAGCACCGAACAAAACCAAGUGUUUCUCUCCAAGUCGUCUCCUCAACUAGCUUUCAAGGACAUGUCUAUUGACCAAGAACUAUGUUUUGAACAAAGUGGCAGUAUAAAAUUAAACAACAAGAAAAGACGAUCAAAUGGCAAUGCUACAUCAGAUACCAUUGGUUCCACAACAGUAACAAGUUCAUUCGACGAGGAUGAUUUGCGAAGGAAAUUUAGUUCCCAUUUCAUGAUUCUUCAUGAGAUCAAGGAGAAUGAAAGGUUGAGAAGUAAGUUGAAUAAGACUGCACAAUCACUUCAGCUAUAUGAACAAUACAAGAAACAAAAAAAGAAACGAUCAAAACCAAGUAAAUGA